AGCACACUGACUCAUACCGUCACACAUCAACCAUACAAAAAUUUCAAUCCGAAUUUGGAAACCUCUUCUCAUCUUGUAAAUAAUCACCACCUUUUAAUAAAAGAGAGAGAGAGAAAGGAAUGGUUCCUACAGCCAUCAUCUUGGCUUUAUUGAUCACAGCCUUGACAAAUCAAUGCAAUGCCACUCCCAAAUUCCCAGCCAUUCUUGUAUUUGGUGAUUCAACAGUAGACACAGGCAACAACAACUACAUAUCCACUCCUUUCAAGGGAAACCACCCCCCUUACGGCUACAAUUUCCCGGGAGGUGCCCCGACAGGAAGGUUCUCGGAUGGGAGGCUGGUGCCGGAUAUACUGGCAUCCCUGUUCGGCCUCAAGGAGGCCGUUCCUCCCUUCUUGGACCCGAUUCUUUCUGAUCAAGAUGUUGUUACCGGGGUCAGUUUCGCAUCAGCUGGCUCGGGCUACGAUUCUCUAACCACCUCUUUCACUCGGGUGAUUUCCAUGUCGAGGCAGCUCGACCACUUGAACGGGUACAUUGCGAGGCUGCAGAGUAUUGUUGGUGGAGAAGAAGCUGCGAAGAUACUGAGCAGAGCUCUGGUUAUAGUCAGUGCCGGAACUAAUGACUUCACCUUCAACUUCUAUGAUUUCCCCACUAGGAGACUUGAGUUCACCAUUUCUCAGUACCAAGACUUCCUCCAAGCCAAACUGCAGAGCUUCAUUAAGGCUCUGUAUGAUGUUGGGUGUCGUAAGAUGGUGGUGUCGGGGCUUCCCCCGAUAGGCUGUCUGCCGAUACAGAUGAUGGCAAAAUCUCCUCUGCGGAGAAGCUGCUGCCAAAGGGAGAACGAGGAAGCAGUGUCUUACAACGUCAAGCUGGAGAAGAUGGUGCACAAAAUGGAGAUGGAUCUUGCGGGAUGCAGGAUCCUCUACGCGGACGUCUACAAUCCUCUCAUGGACAUGAUCAACAACCCACUCAAAUAUGAGUUUACAGAGACUAAAAGAGGAUGCUGCGGCUCAGGAUUACUCGAAGCUGGACCUCUGUGCACGCCCUUGGAAGGCGUUUGCGCGGAACCUUCGCGAUAUCUAUUCUGGGACAGCAUUCAUCCUACUGAAUCAACCUACCAGAUUCUCGCUCACAAACUAGCACAAUCUUUGACUACAAACAUGUCUCUUCAUUCUAUCAAACAAUAA